AUUGACCAGAGCGAGCGGCAGCCUCAGCGGGAUCAGCUCGGGCUGCAGUCCCAACAAUAACAGGCGCGCGGGCCGGGUGGGGGCCGCCGGGGGGCCCAAACUUGGGGGCGGAACCCGGAUUGGGGGAGGCGGGUGGGACGCUUCCCAAGGCCGUAAGGGAUUGGAGGAGAGAGAUGAGGGGCGGUGGAGCUCUAGGAGUGGGCUGGGGAGCUAACGGGUCGACCAAGGAGAGAGCGCGUUGAUUGGGUAACGCAGAGGGAGACGGACCAGAGCCGACUGCGGAUUGGCUGUGGCGGGCUGUGCAGGCGUGGCCAGCGAGCGCGAGAGGGAGCGCGAGGGAGCUGGCGGCUUGUCUGCCAGCCAGCUAGCCGGAACCCCGGGCUAGUGCGGCGGGCAGGAGUCGGGUUGAGGAAAGCUGCGCGGGAGGCGCGUACCCCAGCUCAGCUGCCGCAGCCGCCGCCGCCUUCUGCGACUAGAGCACUCCGCUUCCUUCCCUCCCCUCCCUCGCGCUCCGGCCUGGGGUCUUGGGGCGGGGAGUGGAGGGAAGGGACGAAGGAGGAGGAGGUUUCGGAGAGUGAGGGGCGGAGGGGGUUCCCGGCGCGGGGCGAAGCGCGCGCAGCCUCUUGCUCUCCCGCCGCUGCCUUUGACUCUUCGCCCGGUGCCGCGGCUCCGGGGCGCCCGCACUAUGCAGGCGGAUGGCGAGCCGGGCGAUGGUGAGAGCUGGGCAUAACCCUCUUCUUUUUCUAGUCCGGGCCGCGGCCGCCGCCCCCGCCCGGGCCGCGCUCCCCCUCUCCCGCUCCUACCCCCUCCCUCCCCGGUCCAACUCCUCCUCCUUCCCCAUGCCUCUGUUCCUCCUCCUCUUACUUAUCCUGCUCCUGCUCCUCGAGGACGCCGGAGCCCAGCAAGGUGAUGGAUGUGGACAUACUGUACUAGGCCCUGAAAGUGGAACCCUUACAUCCAUAAACUACCCACACACCUAUCCUAACAGCACCGUUUGCGAAUGGGAGAUCCGUGUAAAGAUGGGAGAGAGAGUGCGCAUCAAAUUUGGUGACUUUGACAUUGAAGAUUCUCAUUCUUGUCACUUUAAUUACUUGAGAAUUUAUAACGGAAUUGGAGUUAGCAGAACUGAAAUAGGCAAAUACUGUGGUCUGGGAUUGCAAAUGAAUGAUUCGAUUGAGUCAAAAAGCAAUGAAAUUACAGUGCUGUUCAUGAGUGGAAUUCAUGUUUCUGGACGAGGAUUCUUGGCCUCAUACUCGGUUAUAGAUAAGCAAGAUCUAAUUACUUGUUUAGACACUGCAUCCAGUUUUUUGGAACCCGAGUUCAGCAAGUACUGCCCAGCUGGUUGUCUGCUUCCUUUCGCUGAGAUAUCUGGAACAAUCCCUCAUGGAUACAGAGAUUCCUCGCCAUUGUGCAUGGCUGGUGUGCAUGCAGGCGUAGUGUCAAACAUUUUGGGUGGCCAGAUCAGUGUCGUAAUUAGCAAAGGCAUCCCAUACUAUGAAAGUUCUUUGGCUAACAACGUCACGUCUGUGGUGGGACACUUAUCUACAAGUCUUUUUACAUUUAAGACAAGUGGUUGUUAUGGAACACUAGGCAUGGAAUCUGGCGUAAUUGCUGAUGCUCAGAUAACAGCAUCAUCUGUGCUGGAGUGGACAGACCACACAGGGCAGGAAAACAGCUGGAAACCUGAAAAGGCCAGACUCAAAAAACCUGGACCUCCUUGGGCUGCUUUUGCCACUGAUGAAUACCAGUGGUUGCAAAUAGAUCUCAAUAAGGAAAAGAAGAUUACAGGCAUUGUAACCACUGGCUCCACAAUGGUGGAGCAUAAUUACUACGUGUCGGCCUACAGAAUUCUGUACAGUGAUGAUGGGCAGAGAUGGACUGUGUACAGAGAGCCUGGUGUGGAGCAGGAUAAGAUAUUUCAAGGAAACAAAGAUUAUCAUCAAGAUGUGCGUAAUAACUUUUUGCCACCAAUUAUUGCACGUUUUAUUAGAGUGAAUCCUACCCAAUGGCAGCAGAAAAUUGCCAUGAAAAUGGAACUGCUUGGAUGUCAGUUUAUUCCUAAAGGUCGUUCUCCAAAACUUACUCAACCUCCACCUCCUCGGAGCAACAAAGACCUCAAAAACACUACAGCCCUUCCAAAAAUAGCCAAAGGUCAUGCCCCCAAAUUUACUCAACCACUACAACCUCGAAGUAGCAAUGAAUUUCCUGUACACACAGAGCAAACAACUGCCACUCCUGAAAUCAAAAAUACUACUGUAACGCCAAACGUAACCAAAGACGUAGCCUUGGCCGCGGUGCUGGUCCCUGUGCUGGUCAUGGUCCUCACCACUCUCAUCCUCAUACUGGUGUGUGCUUGGCACUGGAGAAACAGGAAGAAAAAAACUGAAGGCACAUAUGACUUACCUUAUUGGGACCGAGCAGGCUGGUGGAAAGGAAUGAAGCAGUUUCUCCCUGCCAGAUCAGUGGAGCAUGAGGAAACCCCAGUCCGCUACAGCAGUAGUGAAGUGAAUCACUUGAGUCCAAGGGAAGUCACCACAGUGCUGCAGACGGACUCUGCAGAGUAUGCACAGCCACUUGUGGGAGGAAUUGUUGGCACACUCCAUCAGAGAUCCACCUUUAAACCAGAAGAAGGAAAAGAAGCCGGGUAUGCUGACCUAGAUCCUUACAGCUCUCCUGUGCAAGAAGUUUAUCAUGCCUAUGCUGAACCACUCCCAAUCACUGGGCCUGAGUACGCCACCCCAAUUGUCAUGGAUAUGUCCGGGCACCCCACAGGUUCAGUUGGUCUGCCCUCAACGUCCACUUUCAAAGCCACAGGAAACCAGCCUCCUGCUUUAGUGGGAACAUACAACACUCUUCUCUCCAGGACUGAUAGCUGCUCUUCAGCCCGGGCCCAGUAUGAUACCCCAAAAGGUGGGAAGCCAGGCCCAAGUGCCCCCGAUGAAUUGGUGUACCAGGUACCACAGAGCACACAGGAGGUGGCAGGAGCGGGGAGGGAUGGUGAAUGUGAUGUCUUUAAGGAAAUCCUUUGAAGGUGAUGCUGCUUUUUACAAAGCAUCAUUUUAAAGCACAUGGCCUUUUUUAUUGUGUUAGUGGUAGUAAUAUAUAGAACGUGUUACAUGAUCUGUCACGGAUGUGCUUGGGGGAAGCGUGAGGACCGAGGUACAGGAAGCUACUCAUCUUGCUUUAAAAGUGUCAUCAUGGCACAGUUACCACUUGCUUGUUAAAUUUCAGACUUCCUGUUUGUUACUACUGUAAAACAUGAUUUUAAUACAGAAAAAGCUCCCUACUAUGCACUUCAAGAGAAUUAAAAAUCACUGAGUAUUUAUUACCAAUGCUGCAGGUACAUUAUGAACUCAAGAUGGCUCUGUAAGCCUUUCUGGCAAUAAGCAUGGUACUCUUCGUAAAAUGUCUAAUGGCUUGAAAUUCUGCUCUUUGUGAAAGGUGGGUACUAUCAUGAUUUCUUCCUCUUCUCUUCCCAUAUUGCAUUCUGGAUUAAAAAAUCAGCAAUACAAUCAUUGUUUUGAUUAUAGUCAUAUACACUUAGCCAUCUUUGCUUAGGAAGAUCUGUACUGGGAAACUGACCUCUAAUGAGGAGGGUGGUUUUUCACUUUCUGACACGGCUAAGAGCUUUAACCCUUCAUCAUCCAUGACCUGGUCUCAUCCCUCCUUGUUUUACCUGGGGCCCGUGGUGGCCAGCCCCACUCUUCUGUUUAUAAAUGCUUGAGUGUUGUUUUCAUGGGUGAUCCUUGCUUUAUCAGCCUCAUUAUUUCAGAUCCCCUAAUGUUUCUGAGGGGAAACAGAACAACUCUACAAAUUUAAAAAAAAAAAAAAAAGCUAUACAGGAGAUUCUCCACCCCCAACUUUAUUUGCAGUGGAAUUUUUCCAGAGAGGGUUGUGGAACGCUGAGGGCUUCUAACUGAACACUGUAAACAGUACACACUUAAAAUAUCGUGGUGAAAGGCAAAGUCAUUCCUGAGAAGUCCUAUAAAUUACCUUCCCCCGCAAAAAAGGUAGCCAGAAUUUGCCCUCUUUGGUUUUACAUUUAUAGAUUUUUCUUCGAAUCUCAAGGUGUUGUUUUUAGUCAAAUGAAGAAACAUUUGUUUUCCACAGUAAACUAAUGUAAGAAAUAUAAACCUAGCAUGUAUUCUUCAGCUCUGUGGAGGCAGGAGUCAUCCUUUACAUUGUACCUGAGGAACAAAUGUUUGAGCAUCCUAGCCGUGGAAAAUUCCUGUCUUGUUUUUGAUGCCCCUGGGCAACUUCUUUGUCACUUUUUGCCCAGAACUUGUUUCAGAUGGCUGAAAUAGAAAGUGUCUGCAGUUUACCAGCCUUAGUGUAAAAAACCAUCUUUAAAAGCCUUUAGGAAUUCCCAUCGUGUCUCAGUGGUUAACAAACUCAAGUAGUAUCCAUGAGGACCCAGGUUCAAUCCCUGGCCUUGCUCAGUGGGUUAAGGAUCUGGCGUUGCCAUGAGCUGUGGUGUAGGUCACAGAGGUGGCUCAGAUCUGGCAUUGCUGUUACUGUAGCAUAGGCUAGCAGCUAUAGCUCUGAUUCACCCCCUAGCCUGGGAACCUCCAUAUGCCUCAGGUGCGGCCCUAAAAAGACAAAAGACCAAAAUAAAAUAAGUAAGUCUUUAGACUGGUAAAUUAAUAUGAGAAAUCAUAUGAUUAAAAUAUAUGAACUUGGCAUCUGUUCUUCUAUCAACCUUAUUUUGUAGACUUAAACGUUGAAAUGUACUUCCCCAUCAGGUUCUAGUCAUUUCCUGUAGCCUGCACCACCAGGUGAUGUUGCCAGAAGUGGCUAAAUUUGACUGCAGAUCUACAGUGUUCAUUUUACUUCCAUGAGUGUGCGCCACUAUGAUAAAACAUUGCUUCAAAACAGAACUGCUUAUUUCCAUAGCCUCCCUGCCUUGUGGUUGUAUGAUUUUGUUGGUCUUACAUUUUUGUUUGCUUUUCCUUUUUCUGACAAACUUUGAGGCAUAAUUCACUGAAAAACCGAUAUGCAUAUCUUUAUAAAAACAGAUAUGAAUGUGUAAAGCACAUAUAUUAAUGCAGUCAUCCCUUUUCAGGUGGGAAGAGUAAACCAGUUGCUUUAUUUUUUAUUCAUCCUUAGUACACAAAAAUAUACUUUUUCUCAAAUCAUACACCUGUUUGAAGCUUUAAGAGAAGUAACUUCAGUAACUUUCAUUUUUCCACAAAUGCUUGCUAUUUUGUGUAAUUGUGUGCACCUGAUUGUUUUCCCACGGAACUUUUUUUGAGAAGCAGAUGUUUUCUUAUGUAUAUUUUAAGACUUGAUUCUUUUAUCGCCACUGUGCUGUCCUUGAACUACCAAUGGUUUUUAUAAAAUAUUUAGUUUUUACUGCUAUUAUAUAUUUUACUUUCCAUAUGAAGAGCUGAGCCGGAUACAAAGUUCUGGUUUUGUACUUUUUAAUUCAUUUGUUUUCAUAUUAAAGGGUUUUUUUGUUUUAUUUCUUUUUUGGCUGCCCCAUGGUCUGUGGAUCUCCCGGGCCAUGGAUCAGAUCCGAGCUGCAGUUGCAGCAGCACCGGAUCCUUUAACCCACUGUGCAUCCGGAUAGUGCAGAGACACCACUGAUCUGCUGCAUCACAGCAAGAACUCCUGUUUGGGGAUUUUUUUUUUUUUUAACAUUAAUAUGUCUGAUAUAUAUACAGUUUUGGAGACAAUCAAGUAACAACUGAAAAUGUGAAAGUAACCAUUUUUUACAAAAUUCCCUUGUAUUUUUAUCUUUGCUUGAAACAUGUAAAAAGAUUUAAGUCACUGUUGUUUAUUGGAUUAUAUUUUUUUCCUGUUAAUGCAGUUAUAAAAAUAGAAUCAGACAAUGGAUGCAGGAAAUGUGGUCCUUUCAUAAAAUUACACUGACUUCCCUGUUACUUGAUCUUAGGAACCAGUACAGUUAAAGAUAAGAUAUUGUGAAUGCUGAUUUUAAAAGCUGUAAAAUCUAAAUAGAUACUAUUGUGUAGGGUCUAGUCCAGUUAUUUAAGUUCCGUUUAAAUAUUUGCACUUUGCAUUAAACAAUGGGUUUUAUUUGCUGAUGAGUAGAGGAUUUAUACACUAACUGAAAUUAUGGUAUAUAUACACAUGUCCUUCUCCCCACCCCCUACACAAGAAAGUAGAAAAUAAGCUCAUUUAAAUAUGAAUGUGGCCAUAAUUCUAUGGAAUGUGAUAAACCUUGAAUUUCUUUUCCUGGGCUCCACACGGUCAACCUGGAGACCAAAAAGGUUAUAGAAACACCAUGUCAGACGAUACAGUUAGUUAGAAGGAAUGAAUAUGUUUAGGUGGGACAACAAAAACUUUUCAACCCCCCCCCAAAAGAAAUCAGUGAAGCUCUACUUAUUAAAGACAAAAGUUACCUAUGAGCUCUGCCUUUCAGCUCUGAACUUGAAGUCCCUAAACUGCAAGAUCUAAAUAAGAGUUGGAUAUUUUUAGGUCAACCAUGGCACUAAUUCUCAUUUAGUCCAAAUUGUGACUCGUUUCUUCUCAUCUCUUCUUUUUUUUGGCACUGGGAAAGGUAGAAACAAAUCAUGUAAUGAAAUAGGUAAAAAUGGCUUGAGUGUCAGUUAUAUUCUCCCAGAAUGUACUUUUCUUACCUCGGCAUGUACUGUAGUCACUCAGUAUUUGUAUAUGUUGCUAGAAUUUAGAUUGUAUAAAUAGUGAGAUUUUAAUGUGUUCAUGUGUUUUUAAUAAAUUGUAUAUGUGUCUUGCUCAGAUAUUUUUUUAAAUAUACCACCUUGAGGUUUAUAGUCGUUUCUCAUACUAUAUAAAAUGCCACAUUCCUCAAUUUUAAGAUUUCGUCAGAAAUUUUUAUGGCCAAUAUUAUAGAAUGAUGGUAACAUUGCUUAUAUUCAUUAAAAUGAAAUGGGAGACUA